AUGGCCCAUAUAAUGUGGAAAGUUGUUCUCACAAACACAAACGACAAAGGAGCAAAAAGAAGAGAGCUAACUCCUCUGCGCAACACAAAGAGACAAAAAUAUGGAGAGCGUCAAGAUACCAAUGCCAGCUGGCUCUCCGACGAUCGUACUAUCAAACCGAAGCUUCCCAGCUGUGGUUUCCGAUCAAUGCUUCCCCUUAACGAACUUCUUGACGUAAAUGGCGGGUUUAUGGUGAAUGGAGAAGUCAAGAUUGUUGCCGAGGUUGGUGUUCUUGAAGUUGUUCGCAAAUCAGAUGUGUUAGUGGAAACUUCAUUAGUGAUGGAAAGCAUCGAUGUCAAUGGGUUUCAAGUUCUUCCUUCACAGGUAGAAUCUGUGAAGAGUUUGUUUGAAAAGCACCCAGACAUUGCAUCGAAAUUCCGUCCAAAGAACCCACAUCUGAGAACAACAUCCUUGAAUAGUCUACUAAGCUUGACUGAGAUUCUGUGUCACUGUCAGUCCCCUGAGGAACUCUCCAUUGAUGAUCUUGCCAACGCGUAUUCUACACUAAUUUGUUUGACAAAAGCUGGGUUCAAGUUGGAUUGA